AAUACGUAAACCUGAAUAAACCAGGUUCAGCCAGGAACACUACAGCCGCUGGAUCGGUAUCACCGUUGGAACUUUCUUUUUAUCCAUCGCUUGUGUCAACCUUACAUUCUUAAGAUAUUAGAUCUUUUUUUCUCUGAAAAGGUUCAAAGCCAGGGUAAACAACACAUUCUGUGGUGUACGUAACGGGCCACGACAAACACUCACACAUCAAAUGCGGUCAUCGUAACUACCGCCUUCAUCCCGGGAAAGAUGCGAUUCACCGAUUGGUGCUGGCUGGGCCUCGUGGCUCUGUCUGAGGCGUCAACACUCAAGCCUCCAGUUGUGCCCUUGAUUGUUCGAAAUCCGUACCUCAGCACGUGGCUCAGCUCCGCCCGAGUCGAGCCUUGGGCAGCAUGGCCCAUAUUCUGGACGGGUGAAAACAUCGGCUUCGGGGUUAUGGCCUCGGUGUCAGACUCCCAGACCGUCUUCCCGCUUCUUGGUCGCCCACAUGACUCCCUAUACUCCGGCCAGGAUUACGCUGUUGCAUACCCCGAGUAUCUGGGUACAACAUUUGACGCGUCUACCACUAACUUGACCUUCGCCAUUCCGAACAGCGCCGACAAUUCCUCGGCUACCGUAACCCUCUCUUUUCUUUCACCUAUCACCCCCACGUCAACGCUCAGACAGUCAUUGCCGGCUGCCUAUCUGUCUGUCUAUGUGGAGGGUUCUUUUGGUAUAAGCAUAUACCUCGACAUCAAUGGCCAGUGGGCGAGCGGUAAUAGGUACAACAAGAUCCGUUGGGACCUUCACGAUGAGUUACUCACUCCCGAGGGUGACUCCAGCCAGCCGCGUAAGACAUGGAGAAUCUCUAGACUCAACCAGGAACUUUACACCGAGUUCAACGACAGAGGUGAAUGGGGAACCGUACACUUCUCUGCCCCUGCAGGUGUUAAUCAUCAGGCAGGGACUUCUGCUGCUUUGCGGCAACAGUUUGCCCGUCAUGGCCACCUGAAGAAUAUCACCGACCAUCGUUUCCGAGGCAUAAUGGACUCAGAACCGGUUUUUGCCUUUUCGAAAACCUUCAAUCUUGGCGCAAACAGCAGAGAGGCCAAGAAAAAUGAGGACAGCGUGUUGUUCUCCUUCGCUCUCAUCCAGGAUCCUAUUCUCCAAUACGCCGCCGCCAGGGGACUGACCCAUAUGCGGCCAUACUGGGCCAGCUUCUUUGAGACUGCAGAUGAAAUGGUGGCUUAUCACUACGAAGACUUCAAGACAGCUAGCUCGCUCGCCUUGGCCUACUCACAGCAGCUUUCACGAGAUGCCUUUGCUUCAGGCUCCAAAGAGUACGAGGAGAUUGCUGCCCUGUCGGCGAGACAAGUACUUGGCGCCACCGAGUUCUCUGGAACCCCUGACAAUCCACUGUUGUUCUUGAAGGAGAUUUCCUCAAACGGAAACUGCCAGACUGUCGAUGUUAUCUUUCCAGCGUUUCCAUUCUUCCUCUACACCAAUCCGCGCUGGCUGGCCUACCUUUUAGAACCACUCUUGGAGCACCAGCUCUCUGGCCAAUAUCCCAACGAUUAUAGCAUGCACGACCUAGGAUAUCAUUUCCCCAACAUGACGGGUCACGCGGACGGUCAAGACGAGUUCAUGCCGUUGGAGGAGUGUGGAAACAUGCUCGUAAUGGGAUUGGCGUUGAUCAACGCCUACCGUUACGACGCAGCCCUGGGAUCGAAUGGCUUGGCUGUCAUGGAUGUAACUCAGAGGCUCAAUAUCUCCGAGGUUCAACGUCGUGUUGUAGAUAUCCAAGGCAUCGACAAAAGCUGGAGUGAAAUGGGCACAAGCGGAGUGGAGGAAGCCGAACGCUGGGCAAAGCGAUCGUACAAGCUAUGGAAACAAUGGUCGGCUUGGCUGGUAAAGGAAGCUCUUAUGCCAGCCAACCAGCUCUCAACAGAUGACUUUGCAGGCUGGCUGCCUUACCAGACAAAUCUAGCACUCAAGGGCAUCAUUGGCCUUCGAGCCAUGUCGGACAUUGCAGAGAUGCUGGACCACAAAGUUGAUGCAAAAUACCAUCGCGAUAUUGCAGAAGAAUAUAUUGCAAAGUGGCAGAAACUGGGAAUUUCGCGCGAUGGUACACACGCCAAACUUGCUUACGACUGGUACGGCUCGUGGACGACGCUCUACAACCUCUACGCCGAAUCGCUACUCUGCUUUCACGUGCCGCUGGCCAGCAACAAGGCAGCCUCGACGACAAUCUUGGAAAGCCACAGCGGACAACAAAGGCCACUGUCCAACGAUGACGAGGUGGUCCCCAGCAAGGAGUGGCAGCCCUUCAUCCCCGACGAAAUUUACAAGAUGCAAAGCGAUUGGUACUUUGCGGUCCUGCAGAAAUACGGCCUCCCCCUUGACAGUCGGGCGCGCUACACCAAGAGCGACUGGGAGUUCUUCGCGGCGGCCGUAGCGAGCAACAAGACGCGCAAGGCGCUGCUCGACAGCGUGGCACUCUGGGUGGACCAAACGAGCACCAACAGGCCUUUUACGGACCUGUACGAGACCGAGGGCACGGGUGGCUUCGGGGCCGGGAACGAGUUCAAGGCGCGGCCGGUGGUUGGUGGGCACUUUGCGUUUUUGGCGCUGGAGAGAGCCUGUGGGGGACGAGCGAUGGAGGGAUUAAAGUUUUUGGACGUUCGAGUUGAAGAAACUGUCGAUGUGGAGAAAUCUUUGGCUGAUGAUAAAGACGAUGGAUGGGAUGAAUUGCUGGUUCAUGCCGUUGAUUUUUUCGCACAUGCCACAUGCCUAGGUACCUACCUGAAGACAUCCAUCCAUCUGAGGCAGGCAAGAUCGUGCCAAAAACAGUGGAUUGCCUCAUUAGGACUAGCGCGGUUCCUUCCUUAA